CAACAAAGAAUGCUGAUGAAAACACCAUUUCUUUAAUUUUCAAAUUGUUGAGCUGGUUGCCAUGAUGGAUGAUCAGCAAGCUUUGAACUCAAUUAUGCAAGAUUUGGCUGUUCUUCAUAAGGCCAGUCGACCAGCGUUAUCCCUACAGGAAAUCAGAACAAUAAAAUCACCUAAAAAACAGAAUGAUGUUCGAGUCAAAUUUGAACAUAGAGGAGAAAAAAGAAUCCUUCAGUUUCCCAGGCCAGUUAAACUGGAAGAUCUGAAGUCUAAAGCUAAAAUUGCCUUUGGACAAUCUAUGGAUCUACAUUAUACCAACAAUGAGUUGGUAAUUCCAUUAACUACUCAAGAUGACCUAGACAAAGCUGUGGAACUGCUAGAUCGUAGUAUUCAUAUGAAGAGCCUCAAGCUACUACUUGUAAUAAAUGGAAGUCCACAGGCUGCUAACUUAGAACCAUUGCCAUCACUAGAAGAUUUAGAUAACACAGUAUUUGGAGCAGAAAGAAAAAAACACCUUUCUGUGAUAGGUUCUACUAGUAGAGAUAGAAGUUCCCCUCCCCCAGGAUACAUUCCAGAUGAAUUACAUCAGGUUGCCCGGAAUGGGUCCUUCACUAGUAUCAACAGCGAAGGAGAGUUCAUUCCAGAGAGCAUGGACCAAAUGCUGGAUCCAUUGUCUUUAAGCAGCCCAGAAAAUUCUGGUUCAGGAAGCUGUCCAUCACUUGAUAGUCCUUUGGAUGGAGAGAGCUAUCCAAAAUCACGAAUGCCUAGGGCACAGAGCUACCCAGAUAAUCAUCAGGAAUUUUCAGACUAUGAUAACCCUAUCUUUGAGAAAAUUGGAAAAGGAGGAACAUAUCCAAGAAGGUAUCAUGUUUCAUAUCACCAUCAAGACUAUAAUGAUGGUCGUAAAACUUUUCCAAGAGCUAGAAGGACCCAGGGAACCAGCUUCCGGUCUCCUGUGAGUUUUAGUCCUACUGAUCAUUCCUUAAGCACUAGUAGUGGAAGCAGUAUCUUUACCCCAGAGUAUGAUGACAAUCGAAUAAGAAGAAGGGGAAGUGACAUAGACAAUCCUACUUUGACUGUAAUGGACAUCAGCCCACCCAGUCGCUCACCUCGUGCUCCAACCAACUGGAGACUGGGCAAACUGCUGGGCCAGGGAGCAUUUGGCAGGGUCUACCUCUGUUAUGACGUCGAUACAGGAAGAGAAUUGGCUGUUAAACAAGUUCAGUUUGACCCUGAUAGCCCUGAGACCAGCAAGGAAGUGAGUGCACUUGAGUGUGAAAUUCAGUUGUUGAAAAACUUGCUGCAUGAGCGAAUUGUUCAGUAUUAUGGCUGUUUGAGGGAUCCCCAGGAAAAAACACUUUCCAUUUUUAUGGAAUAUAUGCCAGGGGGUUCCGUUAAGGACCAGUUAAAAGCUUAUGGAGCUCUUACUGAGAAUGUGACCAGGAAAUACACCCGCCAGAUUCUAGAGGGUGUUCAUUAUUUGCACAGUAACAUGAUUGUUCAUAGAGAUAUCAAAGGUGCAAAUAUCCUGCGAGACUCAACAGGCAAUGUCAAACUAGGAGACUUUGGGGCCAGCAAACGGCUUCAGACAAUUUGUCUCUCAGGGACAGGAAUGAAGUCCGUAACAGGCACACCAUAUUGGAUGAGUCCUGAAGUAAUCAGUGGAGAAGGCUAUGGCAGAAAAGCAGAUAUCUGGAGUGUAGGCUGUACUGUUGUAGAAAUGCUAACUGAAAAGCCUCCUUGGGCUGAAUUUGAAGCAAUGGCUGCCAUCUUUAAAAUUGCUACCCAGCCAACAAACCCAAAGCUGCCACCCCAUGUCUCAGACUAUACUCGCGAUUUCCUCAAACGGAUUUUUGUAGAGGCCAAGCUGAGACCCUCAGCUGAUGAACUCUUGAGACAUAUGUUUGUGCAUUAUCACUAGCAGCCAAUUAUCUUUCCUGUGCCUCUACCCAGCUACCAUUGAUUCAUUCACCAUCUCUCUAACUGCACUUUUCUUUUUUAUAAAAAGGAGAGAUGAAGAAGAAAAAAAGACAAGAGGGAAUGGAUUUUUCUUGAUUCUUCGUUAAAAUUUUUUAAUAAUAAUAGCAGCCUAAAUUUUUUUAUAGCUUAUUUUUCCCUUACAAGAACUUGCUUUUUUUUUUUUUUUUUUUUUCAGUUUUUAUAAUGUACUAAUGUGGUUCAGAGAGAUAAAGCACUUUAGUACAUAGUCUCUCUUUUUAAUGAAAACAAAUAAUUUGGAAUGCCUAAAGAUUGUAGAGUUUUUCCUAUAUCACUGGCAUAUUUGUGGUGAUAGGGGAGAAAUGGAAAACAGGAAAUGAAAAUGAUGUAAGUUUGUAAUUUUUAAUGUUAGUAUUUAAAAUAGAUCCCCGUUUGGGGGGUUGAGCCCUAAACUUGAGUAUAGGAUAGGUACUCAAAGAAUAUGGAUUCCUUCUUAUAUCUGUAUUCUUUAUAUUCUAACCUCUGUCUACCAAGCUUUUUGCUCAGUAGGAAUCUUAAUAAAAAGUAUGAAUCUGUAAGAGGUACACUUAGUUGCUAAUCCUAACAUGUAUGAUAAGAAAACACACUAUAUACUAGAUCCAUUUUACUGGACUCUAUAAACCUUGAAGGAUGGUUUUCUGCAUAAAGGGCAGGGGGGAAAGAUGCUAUUUUAUUUUAAAGUGAUUACAGAAAGUCAGUAGAACUCCAAAAUCAAAUACAAGAAGAGACUGUUCUUAUUAAAUGUUGUGAGCAGUAGAAGAGAGACCAUAUUUGCCAAUUAAUAGAAUUAAUGGAAAAAAGAACUAUGAGUUUAAUAGGUUUUAAACGGUGUUCUUUAUUUGAGGUAAAAGUUCCAAAAUUAAGCAAAGGAGAAAUAAUAAAAAUCAUGUAUACUAUCUUCCUAUUCCUAGCUCCUGAUUCCCCAUAGAUAAUAUUCUUUAGGAAAUAAGAGUUCAACCCAGAAGAUCUGUGUUUUAAAGUUAGUGUCCUGAAGUGGAACCCUCAUCCUUAAGAUCACAGAAUAAUAAAGCACCUGUAAAAACAGCAUCAUGGUGGGUUUCAAUGUGACGGAGAAGGGGGGGACAAUUUUGCUUGUUAUUUGGCAAUGCCUGGAGUCAUUUUUGGUUGUCACAACUGGGGUAUUGUUAUUGGCAUCUAAUGGGUAGAGGUCAAGGAUG